AUGGGACUACCAUACCUAGCGAGUGGUCCAAGCGCUAAAAUUUCAAAGUCAGUCGGAAGCCCAGACGGCCAACGGGCGAAGAAGAAACUCUCAAUCUUCCUCAAUCGUCCUCAAUCGUCCUCAAUCGUCGCCAUCACCACCUACUGCACCCAAAAGUUGCCUUACCAUCAUGUAAGCUGUUUCUCUUCCGACGCAGCGCUGUGCGUGCAUUCAGCGCCACGCCCUCGAAGGCCUUCCUUGCCCAACCACGCUCCAUUACUUCCAUCACACCUUCCGCCCUCCGCCUACGACAGCAAUCUUGGGUCCGUUGCCUCUUUCCAGCGCCGAUUUGCCAGCGACGAGGCGACCAAGACCGAGUCUGCAGCUGAAGCCGCCGAGGCUGCUGAGGCAAAGGAAAACUUUGCUCAAACGGCAGCAGAGGCUCCCGUCGAGGAGAACUUGACGCCGGCACAGCAGCAGGCGCAAGCUGACCCCACGAACGCCUCUGCGACUGUCACGCCUGAUGCUCUCUUCACUGCUGAGACUACGUUAAGGACCCGACCCCGCCGCGAUACUUCAGACGCUCCACCAGGCAGGACACUGUACAUUGGCAACCUUUACUACGAAGUCACUGCAGACCAGCUGCAGCGCGUCUUCUCGAGGUUUGGUGAGAUCGAGAAUGUGAAGAUUAUCUACGACAACAGAGGCCUGAGCAGAGGAUUCGGAUACGUCGAGUUCAAGAACAUCCCAGAUGCACAGACUGCCAUCGAUAACCUCGACAUGCAGGUGUUCGAAGGCCGCAACCUCGUUGUCCAGUUCCACCGUGAAAAGCCUGGGUUCGGCAAAAAUAAUCGCGCCAACUCCACCAAUUCUCCCUCCAAGACUCUGUUUAUCGGCAACAUGUCGUUUGAGAUGUCAGACAAGGACCUGAACGACCUGUUCCGCGAAGUCCGCAAUGUUGUCGACGUUCGCGUUGCCAUUGACCGACGGACCGGCCAGCCCAGAGGAUUUGCUCACGCAGAUUUCCUGGAUAUUGCCAGCGCCACACAUGCCAAGAAUAUCCUGGCCAACAAGGUUGUCUACGGACGGGAGCUCCGCAUCGACUUUAGCCACCCUGCUAUCGAAUCAAGAGACAAGCGCGCGGACUCUACUCAAGAAUAA